AUGGUUGGUGCGGAGUUGGAGAAAUUUUAUCCAGAAGCAUUGUCUCAGGGAAGUAUGCAAGGCACAGCCCCAUCCUAUGGAUCAGGAUGGCAGGGCCUAUCAGCCAUGGACAUGUACAGCCAGGCUGCACACCCACUCUGCACACCGUUCAUUUCAUCCACACUGAACCCAGUUGGUUCCUUGCCACCAUUUGGUUCCCUCAGUGGGGGAUCAGAUGCCAGGCUCCCAGCACCAUGGACGCCAUCUUCCACUUUGGAUCUUCAUUUGAACACCGAUAAUCUGAUCUACUCCACCACAAAACUGCCGAGUCUCCCAGCUAAAUCCAAUAAAUUUCAGUCAGUCUUGGAAGAAAAGUCAUUUGAAGCAUUUGAAAAAAGACAAAACAGUUUUGAUUUUAUUCCAUAUGAGAACUCAACAAGCUGCUCAACAAGCCUUCCAAACACCUCCAUGGCGCCCAUGUUAAUCUCUUCACGACCCCAAGAACUGCCAUCUUAUUCAGCAUCUUCAGAAACAAAAUAUAAAAAUGCCAUUUUUUCAAAACUAUCUGGCAUGGAAAAUGCCACAAGCUCCAGAGAACAAAUGCUCUACAAAGAUGCUGGAUAUGUAACUACCUCAAGUGUGCCAUCAUUUUCAAAGCCUGUCAACAAUACUCACCACAGCAAAGUGAUCUCGUACUAUUCUGAUCCCAGGGAAAAAGAUUUGUUCAACAAUACUUCAUCAAAUGAAAAGGCAUCAAUCGAAGCAGCUAGGAUUGUGCAAGAGGCUCACGAUUCAGAUAUGAAUUUCAAACACCAGGCAGCGACUAAUAGGGCAAUCACCUCACCAUUCAUGAACAUAUCAAACCAACAUAGGCAGCAAAUACCAUCCUUCAAGUCCACUGAUCUCCAAAACACUGCUAGAGCUUUUCACCAUCCUUUACCAGAAAGUCAUAUUUCCAAGAAAAGUACACAUUCUGCCAGUUUUAGGCCUGAAAAUUUGAUAUCAGGGAAUCAUGAAAGGCCACCCUCAGUUAACAUCACUUCUGUAGAAACAGAUUUUUGGUCACAAUUUGGGUUACCUCCACCUAAUGUUGAAAUAAAAACUCCAUCUGCAGCACGUUCUACAUUUACUUCAGAAGCUACCUCGGUGUCUGGUAAUUCGCUGAAUUUUGCAGACAAAUCCUCAAAGCCUGCAAAGAAAAAGAACAAGACCACUACUGAACAUAAUGAACAAACCAACGAAAAUGGAGCUUUAAGGCAAAUGAUUGAAAGCAAAAGAAAGUCUCCAAAAAGUGACAACAGAAGAGGUAUCUUUGUGCCUAAUCCCGAGAUAGAUGCCCUCGUUCAUGCCAAAGUACAUGAAAUAAUGGCAGCUGUGAGACAAAAGGAGCACUCAGGAAAUGAAGAUGAUAACAAAGGGUGUAAAUCUAAGUCAGAGAACCCUGAAGCAACUAGGCCACAAGUCGCAACAAGCAUGUUCCAGUCUGACUCCAAAUCUAUUAUAAAUGACAAGUACCUUGGUUUUCAAAGGGAUUCUACCAAUAGUGAUGUAUUCUUUGUUGAAGACAGAGAAAGAGAGAACUCUACAAAACAUGAGCUAUUUACGCAGCAUACCUCGGUCAGUAGUAGAGAACUGCAGGAAAAGAAGUAUCUUUUUGAUACAGUUCAAGACAUUAUGGAAAAGAAGAAACAUUCAUCUGUAAAUCGCGAACCUGCAGAGAAAAAAAACAUGAGUGACUCUCAAGUGUCUCAUAAUAAAAACCAAAGUGGAACUACUCUGCAAUAUGUCAAUCAUUCAAUUGAGGCUAUGAUCAAACCAUUGACAACACCCCAUGAUGGUUACAUGGACUCUAGUCCCAUGAAGAAACUCAAUCGGCAGGUGAACAAUGUCAUCACAAUAGAUCAACUGAAAGAAAAGCUCAUUGGAAGACAGAAGUGUCUAGAAAAUAAUCUGCUUAUUGAAGGUCCCACCUGUGACUGUCUUGGACCCGAUGCUGUGUACAACGAGGCAGUAGAAGGCCCAUAUUAUGUACAUUUGGGGUCAGGUAGAAGUGUAGAGGCCAUCAGAAAGACACUGGAACUUAGGGUGCAUGUUUCUGGUAGAGCUCUUCGCAUUGAAAAAGUACGCUACACUGGAAAAGAAGGCAAAAGUUCACAAGGUUGCCCCAUUGCAAAAUGGAUUGUUCGAAGAAGCAGUAUGGAAGAGAAGUAUUUGGCGAUUGUAAGACAUCGCAGUGGUCACUCCUGUGCCACAGCCUGGAUCAUAGUCGCCCUGGUGGCGUGGGAAGGCGUUCCUGCCGCACAGGCAGAUGAACUGUAUGACUACCUGUGUACUACUCUGCCUGCGUAUGGUAACGAGACGGAGAGAAGGUGUGGAACCAACGACAGAAAGACAUGUGCCUGCCAAGGGGCUGAUCUAAUGAAGCGUGGGGCGUCAUUCUCAUUUGGAUGUUCCUGGAGCAUGUAUUUCAAUGGUUGCAAAUAUGCACGCAGUUCACAUGUUCGUAAAUUCAAACUGAAGAAUGAACAAGAGGAGAAAGUACUUGAAGACAAGUUGCAAGACCUUGCUACAAAUGUUGGUCCACUAUACCAACAGUGUGCACCAGAAGCAUAUGGAAAUCAGACGUAUUUAUCAAAACAAGGCCAGGACUGUAGACUGGGAAAGGAGCCCGGUGGUCCAUUCUCAGGGGUCACUGCGUGUGUAGACUUCUGUGCCCAUGCUCACAAGGACAUCCACAACAUGAACAACGGAAGCACAGUGGUGGUUACCUUGACAAAGCAUCGAGGCCUAUCAAAGCCAGAUGAUGAACAGCUUCAUGUGCUUCCCCUGCAUGUCCUGGAACCAACAGAUGAGAUGGGCAGCUACGAAGGACAGUUUGAGAAAAUACAAAAUGGUGGCCUGGAAGUUCUACACCAGUAUCCUCUGGAAGCCAGACUAAGGGCGCAUCCCUUGGAAUCGUGCAGGAAACGUAAACUAGCUAAGAAAGGUAUGGGCAGGGGAGGACCAAAGAGUGUACAAAGUGCUAUGGAUCCAUCUUCAGCUAUGCCCGGUCAACAGAAAAAUGGGGAGAGUGUGAAGCAGGAAACUAUCAUUCAACAGCCACCACAUUCUCAUAAUGGACUUCCUUUAGGUUAUAUGCAUGACAGCAGGGACAAACCUAUAUCAUAUGAAGAUCUCAUGGCAUUGUCUGCCCACACGGAAUUCAAUGCUCUUUAUGAUAAGUUCUGGGACUAUUUUUAUGUAUUUGGAGUUUUUCCACCGCCAUCAGUUCUUGCUCAGUGCAUUAAUAACAUGGAUACCAGUGCUGGUCACACUCUUCAAAAUGGGAACAAGGAAAUGUCUGCUCAACAGGAAGAGAAUAGUCAAUUCAGCAACAGCCCUCAAGAUGUGCCAGGUCAGUUCAGGAAUGAACGUCAUUCAGUGCCUUCAAAUAUGCACAACAUUCCCAUCUCACAUCAAUAUGAACAAAUGUUACCUCAAUCUGAACAAACUGGUAAAAAUCAAGGCUCAUUUUGUGAUCAGCCAUCAACGCAUCAUCAACAAACUGAAAGAAAUGGUUAUAUGAAUGUUCCCAAAUCUCAGUUUGAUAUAAAUGUGAAGCCUGUCCAAGCUCAUUCUAACAGCAGUAUACCAAGCCAGUUCUCUGGUGAUCACCAACAAGUGGACAACUGUCCUUUAAACUUGUCCAAUGACAGAAGACUUAGAAGUGCUUUGCCAAAUGAUGGAUGUGCAUUAGAUUUGUCAUUCUCUUCAACCACAUCCUUGUCAUCAAAUAAAGGCAGAAAUUGGGACAGCAAGAAUGGGACAGAUGGUGCAAAAGACACCUUGUCCCCUCUGGACUUGUUGUCCAAGGCAGUAGAUUUAAGGACAAGUGAUUUAGCGUCAUUUGGCAGCAGUGCACCUGCUUUAGCAUCUCAGGUAAAUCAUGAAGCACAUGCUUUCUAUACUAGUGCAUAUAAACAGGGAGAGAAUGCAGGGGAAAGAAGUCUAGAGAAGCUUCCUCAACCAUUUGGAAACAGUCGUUCACAAAAUGCAAGUGCUCAACCUUACCAUACAAGCUUUCCACAGAAUGCAGGUGCCUAUCAUCAUCCUCAAUUGCCACAAUCUGCUCCUCCUGUCUAUGAAUUGCACAACCAGCAUCAGAUGACAAUUGAACACCACCUUUCUAGUACCAAUACUCAAAAAAUGGAUCAAAACAAGCCUCUACCGGACAUGCAGUUUCAAAUAUCUGGUAGUAAAACUCAAGAUAAGGCUCAAGAAAAUCUACCAAGUUACAUCGAUCCGGAUGUGGUCAAGUGUGAAAUGGAGUAUAACGAGGAAGCCUUCCAUGACCCUGAAAUAGGUGGUGUGGCGAUUGCCUUGUCUCAUGGCUCAGUCUUGUUUGAGGUAGCAAAACGAGAAUUACAUGCAACUACAGGUCUUCGGAAUCCGAAUAGGUAUCACCCUACGAGAAUAAGCUUGGUUUUCUAUCAACAUAAACAUAUGAAUCAUGAGCAUCAUGGAAUGUAUGCUUAUGAUAAGAAACUUCAAAGUUUGCAAAUGAAGAGGAUUGAAAAAAUGCAGUUGGAACAGGGUUAUGUUGAUAUGAAUGUAAUUGAGAACAGUAUCAAGGGAGGUAAAAAGCGCUAUUUGUCACGAGAAGACGUGGCUGAGGAGGCUGAAAUAGCUGAGCUCCUGCAGAGGUCCAAUACGAAGUACCAGUACAUGUUGGACUGUAGUACUGUGCGUACAGAAACCAGUACAACAUGUUCAGUCUCGACCAAAUGGAUUGAUCCUAGCCCUACAGUGACUGGGCCAUACCAUAAGUGGGUUUGAUUUAUUACUAAUUACAAUCACUCUUGCACAUUUGAGCCUCGGUUUUGGAAAUCUGGGCUUAAUGCAUGCAUGUUUAAUUAACCCUCUCAGUGCGGGAACCGAAUUUUGAAGGCCUUUGCAAACAGUUUGGAUCCAGAUGAGACGCCACAGAACGUGGCGUCUCAUCUAGAUCCAAACUGUUUGCUAUUCUGAUAGUAUUUUUUGAAAAAUAAUCGAGGAAAUGCUAAUUGUAGAAAUUCAGCAGACGACAUUUUAGCAGACGAUAAAUUUCCCAGCAUGCAAAGGGUUAAGUAUCAUCCCUCAUUAGCCUUUCUGCUCUGCAGAGUUAGGGACAACACUUUCCUCCUUUAUAACAUGUUUUGUUUAAAGGAAGUCUCUUAACUACUUUUCAGUUUAGGUGAAAUGUGUUGUUCCUUAUUAGCCUGUGUGGAAUGCACAGGCUAAUCUGGGAUGACACUUUACUCCCGAGCAUUACGCCCUGUUAUCCCAGAAUGAGGCUCAGUUUAUCAACAUAAUGUUAUGUAUUAUAUGUUUGUUAAGUAAUUGUUCUUGUAUUUAUUUACAACUUUUGUUUCCCACUGUUAUAGUAUUCUUCAUUAUUCCCAAUUCAAGAAACUAUAUAUAGCAUGUUGUCUCUCAGGAACACAUAACCAGUACAUACGGAUGUGUUGAUAUAAAUGAAUGUGUAUUUGAAUGUGUUUUAUGAGGACCCUUGUAUUAUACAGACAUUGUGUCGAUGGCUAUUAUUAGUUAUUCCCAUUUUACAAGGCCAGUACACUUUCUGGUCAAACUGGGGAUAAUAACGUGUAGUUUUUAAGCAGUGAAUGCUUGUUGUUCCCCCCCCCCCCCCAUUGCAUGAAUGAAUUAUGGCUUUACGUUGUUGAUUAUGUAAUUACAAUUUUAACACUGUUGUAUAGUUUCCUAUUCUUAAACAAGAAAUUCUUUUAUAUACAUUAAAAAUGAUUUUUACAGUUUUUCUUUUUAAACGAUUUGUACAGGAUUUUUCCAGUAUAACUAUUUCACACAUGUGUAUGUGAAUUGUACAUUUUUAUUACAUUUGUAAAUUUUGUCAGCUGACAUCAUAGAAUAUUUCUGUGUUCAUGUUAGUUUCUUUGCAAUAAUGAAUAUUACAGCAAUGUUGGUAACUAUUUGUUGUAUGAUCUCAACAAGAAGUUGUACCCUGUGAUGAAUAUAUAUUUAUGUCAUUUGUGCGUACACAUAUUUUUAACAAAUUUAAAUCCAAAUUGGAAGAUUAUUUUGAACAUCUUAUGUAUAUGUAGUGUUUUGUAGUUUUUGCCAUUGAACAGUUCUUACAGUGAAAAUGUGUGUCUAUAAUCUUUGUACGAAAGUGUUUUCUUUGUGUUUUUGCUAUAAAGUGUUUUGUCUUGUAGUAGAUUUUCAUCACAGGAAUAUUGUUAGUUGUUGUAUUUGUUAAGUUAUGUUAAUGCUUAUAAUUGCUUCUUUAUUUAGUUUAUUUGUUAUGUUGUGAAAUGUUAUUGUAUUAUUAUGCCCCCCUUUGAAGAAGAGGGGGUAUAUUGUUUUGCACAUGUCGGUCCGUCCGUAUGUUCGUCCACCAGAUGGUUUCCGGAUGAUAACUCAAGAACGCUUACGCCUAGGAUCAUGAAACUUCAUAGGUACAUUGAUCAUGACUGGCAGAUGACCCCUAUUGAUUUUGAAGUCACUAGGUCAAAGGUCAAGGUCACAGUGACUCGUUCUUGGAUGCAGUUUAGGACCACAUUUGCAGAUUAUAUUAUGUACUGGUGUCAUGGGGUCUCCGUCCCCACCAGAUGGUUUCCGGAUGAUAACUCAAGAAGGCUUACGCCUAGGAUCAUGAAACUUCAUUGGUACAUUGAUCAUGACUGGCAGAUGACCCCUAAUGAUUUUCAGGUCACUAGUUUUAGGUCAGUAUUUACUGUUCAAUCAUUAUGACAGGACUAGUGCAUGUUCAAUUACAAUCAUACAAAGUGAAUUAUGAAGACUUAAGUUGUUAAUUGGAACAUGAUGUAUUUGUACAUUUGUUAUAGAGACUCGUUUAUCAAAUAUGUUUACUCACAAAUAUAUGUUUGAAUGGUCUUUAGUAAUAAUAAUAGAAACGAAAAUAUUACCUUACACAGGAUUUGAACUCGAUACCUUUGGAAGCAAAAGCUUAUGCGCUACCACAGUGCAAUGCACGCUUGCAUUCUUUUACCCAAAUAUGAAGGCUAUCUCAGUUCUCAUCGUAUUUUCCAUAUUAUUGAGAAAGCGUUACAAACUCUUUAUUAUUAUACUGAUUUUUAAUGAUAAUUAUCCAUUAAUGUACCAACAUUUCAAACAUUUAUGUUAGUCAGGAAUGUCAUUUUGCCUGUUAAAACAUAAUAUGUACAUUCUGUUUUGAUUCCAUGACAAUUAUUUUGGAAAAUUGUCAUUUUUUUACCAAACUGAAAACGUGUCCCUUUUCAUUGAAAAAAAAUAUUUGUAUUAUGUUUAACAUUCCUUCCCUUUGACUGAAGUUCUUAAGUUAAAACAAAAAAUGGUAGCUGUGCAUUAAUCAGACGAUCCUCAUGAUUAAAUAUAUGGCAGCAUAUGCACCUUGUACUUUAAUAUUAAUAUUUAACCAUGUUGCAGAUUCUAAUUUUAUACUAAAACAUUUGUCUGUUGUCAAAUGUUAAAGUUUAUCUUCACAAGAGAACACUGACUUGAUGAAUUGUUCAAGAAAAGCACGAUGAUAGAUGCUUUUAACUUUGAUUUAAGUGUUUUUCACAAUGUGCUAUUUGAUGUGUGUGCAUGUUGGUACAAUUGUUAGACAUGUAAUUAUAAGUUAAGUGUUAGGAUUUUCGACAUUCAACAUACAUGUACUUUGUAAGUGGUAAAGUUUUGUUUAACUAUUGAAGACAGUAAGAGUAAAACUGUUUAACACUGUAUAUAUUCACCAGGAUCUAGUUAAUAUGUUUACAACACUCCUCUAAGUGCUUAAGUAUUCUACACCGGUAGUAUCCGUUUAAGAUUGUUUUACUAGAACCGUAUAUAUACACACAGUGUGAUGGACAUGAAGGCUUGUUUGUUACCCUUCCCAUUUAUUUGCUGAUUUUAUAACAAUUGUAAAUGAAUUGUACACGAAUUAAAUAUAUAUUGUUGGUAUAUGUAUCAUGGACCUUUUAAUAUUUAUUAAAAUGUAGUUGUGCUUUUGUAUGUUUGUUGCAUGUCUCUUGUAAAUGUUAACACAACUGGCAGAUAUUUCUGUAGUGUUGUAGUGUUUUCUUUUAAUUUGUAAAGAUCUGCUUUCAGACAUGUGCAUUUUAACUUGUUGGUAAUAUAUAUAUUAUUGUGAUGUUCUUUUACUCGAAUGAUUAGUUGGGUUUUCCCCGUCGACAAUAAACAGUCUUCAGUAAAAA